CGAGGAUCUUUCUUUCUCUCGACGGGAUCUUUACGCAUCAACUUGACUAGAAUUGCAUGGACUCUGUGUCUGCAGUUGUAUUGUAUAGGACAUCUUUGUUCCUCGGAGACUCCGUGCAUCAGACUCGAACAAAUCUGCCUCCUACCCCGUCUUCUCCCCUCUGACCCUUCUUCCUUGGCCGCCAUGGACGAUUUGCCGCACUGCACCUGCGAGAAGACUCAGUGCCUCCAGCGCUACUGCCAUUGCUUCGAGGCCUGGGUGUUCUGCGACGAGGGGUGCUCCUGCCAGGGCUGCCGCAACACAGAGGACAACUCCGACGAGGUAGAUGAGCGCGCAGAGUGCAUCAUGAAGAAGAAACCCGACGCCUUCAAGCCCAAGAUCAUCGCCGGCGAUGGGCCUGGGCUGCAACAGCAGCAGCAGCAAGCAGCAGGGGUGCACGUCAAGGGAUGCAACUGCCACAAUUCUGAAUGCAAGAAGCUCUACUGCGAGUGCUUCAAGCAUGGCGUCGGGUGCAGCGACAAGUGCCAGUGCACAGGGUGCGGCAACACCUUCGGAGUGAAAGGCGGAGCUGUUUGA